UAUUUAUAAGAUUAGACUCUUUCUGACUGCAGCCAACACACUCCCUUUCCUGACUGACUCUGGUGACCGGCCUCGUUGCUAUCUUUAGGGUGGCUCUAUUUUCAGAAACAGGAGAGGAGUGUGUCUGAAGCACCACAGUACCACUGACACGCUUAUGUUUAGCGUCAAGCUCGGACAAAAACAAUAAUUAUCUGGACCUCCUUUCAGGCCACAUGGUCAGCGUGGAUGAAUUACUAGGUGGACAAAGACCAGCUGGAGGUGUUAUGGAGCCUCCCAGCAACCUGGAGCUGGACAGGAGUCCUAAGGCCCAGUCUGAAGCGUCUGGGUUGGAAGAGGGACUGGGGGCUGCAGACUGCUUGAGGGUAAGGGUGGAAAGUAGUGUGUUUACUGUGGAUAAAGCUUUGCUGAGCCAGAAUUCAGAGUACUUCCGCGCUCUUUUCCGCUCUGGGAUGAGGGAGAGCCAUCAGAAUGAGCUUCAUUUGCAGGGGGGUCUGAAGGCGAGGGGGUUCCUAAUCGCUUUGGCGAUCUCCAGAGGCGAACAGCCAAGUAUGAGCGAUCCAGAUGAGAUUGUGGAGGCUGCAGAAUGUGCUGCGUUUCUUCAAGUGGAGGCCUUGAUCCAGCACCUUAUAGACAUCCUAGACACGGACAACUGUUUCCUUCUGUACCAUACGGCGGCUGUGUUUGGCUUAUGGAGGUUGUUCCAUAGUGCAGCACUGUUCAUCCGUGAUGCCUUCCAUGACCUGCAGGAAGCAGCAGACUUUCUUCCAGAGGAGAUGCUUUGCUAUGUGGAGUCACUUUCACCUGCUUCUUUUAUUGCUCUAGGGACCCACACUCCUUCUAUGAAGAUUCUGCAGGAUUCCUUCAGGACAGUGUGGUCCCUGAAUGAAGAGGAAGGUGAGUGGAGGUUCCUGACUGACCUGCCCGUAGAUGCCAGCACCUCCAUGGCUGGGGUGGCUGUGGUGGACAACAGGCUGUAUGUGGUGGGAGGCGUGCGAGGGGUUAGCAUGGAGACAGUAGACUUCAGCUUCUGCUAUGAUGUCCUCAGCAACUCCUGGAGCAUGUUUGAUGGGCCUCAGCAGCCCAGGUACAACUUUACUCUUGUGGGUCACGAAGGACAUUUGUAUGCCUUUGGUGGUGAGUACGACAAGAGGAUCAUUUCUUCUUCAGAAGUUUGUGACGUGUCUACUCAUGAGUGGACUUUUGUAAAGCAUGCUCCUCGCCCGGUGGCAGGUGCGGCGAGCACAGUCGCACGCCGGAGGAUCUUUGUGUGUUUCUGGAAGCCUCCCGACACUACGGAUAUCUACGAAUACGUUCCUGUAAAGGAUGAAUGGAUCUUGAUCACCACUAUGAUACGGCCUCAGAGUUACGGACACUGCAUGGUCGCACAUGGAGACAAGUUAUAUGUAAUGAGGAAUGGUCCUUCUGAUGACUUCUUGCGCUGCCUUAUAGACUGCUACAACAUCACCACUGGCCAGUGGAUGUCCUUACCGGGACACUAUGUUAACAGCAAGGGGGCGCUCUUCACAGCUAUGGUGCGAGGGGACUCAGCAUUCACAGUGAACCGCAGUCUAACUCUGGAAUACCAAAUCUGCAAAGAUAAAUGGAAACCUCAAAGGCAGAUGACAGGAUUCCCAAAAAAUGGGUCACUUUGGACCUGCAUACUCAGACUUCCUAGAAUUACAGAUUCAGAUGUAGUAAACAGUGUCGAUGGAUUACUAGAAACUGCUACAGAUGAUGAGAAUGAGGAGGAGAAGAUAGAGGUUAACCCUUAGCAUUUUGCUCUACACUGAUAUGCCAAGAGCUAUGGGAAUGCAGUAUGUAAAUUGAUCAUGAAGUGCUACCUCAGGUGGAUGGUGUAGG